CGUGUCACAUAUACUACAGACGUCGAUAGACAUUAACGUUUGCGGACGAUCGUGCAAAUACAUGUCACAUGCUUUGCGCCAACGGACCCUGUAGCUCCGGUACAAGGCUCAAUCUAACGUUUAGGAACCACAAAGUCUUAGAACGUGCGAAUAAGGCUCAAAGCAACCCUUUGGAGACUAGUCGUGACCUGGAGUCGGGAUCGCGAGGAGGCCUCCUCUUCGUCCAAUAAGUAGUUUUAAGUCAUAAAUCGAUCUUGUUAAAUCGACGGCAGCAAAGGAUGCGGAAAUUCGUGCCCUCCAGGGCAACAUGCUUUCAAUGUUCGGACAGACAGGCUGAUCUGAGCCGCUGUCUACUCGCUUCACGUUAUGCACAUAUAAAAUAGAAGCUUUAGCUAGUCAGCUGGCUAAAAUACGCAUGUCGGUUUGGACACGUUUUGGCCCCAUGCGUGGUGGCCUAUGCUGACAGGCACGCGGGUUGUUCUCCUAGCCUGCAUAAUAUUUCAACCCCCCGACUUCACAGAUGUCAUACAUAUAGUGCCCCCAUGCUUCAUACGAGUUUAGGAGGGAUCCGCUGGAGUCUGGGGUCAGUGAUUCACCCCCUGACACGUUUUGCACCCCCCAUCUUGCACGCCAACUCUUACUAUGUUUGGCAAUGAGCCCCCGGGAGCGAACAUCAAGUGUUUGUUGUGCACAUCCCAACGCACCUCCUGCCCAAGUUUGGUUCGGGGGAUCAUUGCCAAACGAUGUUUUCAAGAGGGAUGAAAAGUGCACUUUUUCGCCCAUGGACGAGCCGCCUCUGCCGCGUGUCGGUGCUGAGACUGGUCUAGGGAAGCAGCGGCGGCCGCGGCAGACCAAGCUACAGCGCAAGGUGCCGUACGUAGCGGCUGUAGACGCGGCCGUGCGGGCACCGCCACGCAAGUCAGCCUUUGGCCGCGAGCUGCGCGCGAGCAGGAAGGCCGACUUUGCUUACGGGACCUGAGGACCUGUAUGACCGCGGGAAACAGGAGAGCGCGGGGGACUCGGCAGGCAUGACCGUGUGUCCGGCGAGGCACAAGCGUGUGUGCGGCGAGCUGGCAAUGAAUAGCAUACUGAUACUGCGUGCGCACAUCGACGGCGCCUUGGUCGGUGUGUGACUGCGGGAAAGAGGAGAGCGCGGGGGACUCGGCAGGCAUGACCGUGUGUCCGGCGAGGCACAAGCGUGUGUGCGGCGAGCUGGCAGUGAAUGGGAUACUGAUACUGCGUGCGCACUUGGACAGCACCUUGAACGGUGUGUGACUGUGGGAGACAGGAGAGCGCGGGGGACUAGGCAGGCAUGAGCAUGUGUGCGGCGAGCUGGCAAUGAAUAGCAUACUGAUACUGCGUGCGCACAUCGACGGCGCCUUGGUCGGUGUGUGACUGCGGGAAAGAGGAGAGCGCGGGGGACUAGGCAGGCAUGCGCGUGUGCCUUGCAAGGCACAAGCGUGUGUGCGGCGAGCUGGCAAUGAGUGGGAUACUGAUACUGCGUGCGCACUUGGACAGCACCUUGAACGGUGUGUGACUGCGGGAGACAGGAGAGUGCGGGGGACUAGGCAAGCAUGAGCGAGUGUGCGGCGAGCUGGCAAUGAAUGGGAUACUGAUACCGCGUGCACACAUCGACGGCACCUUGGGCAUUGUGUGACUGCGGGAAAGAGGAGAGCGCGGGGCACUCGGCAGGCAUGAGCGUGUGUUCGUCGAGGCACAAGCGUGUGUGCGGCGAGCUGGCAAUGAAUGGGAUACUGAUACUGCGUGCGCACUUGGACAGCACCUUGAACGGUGUGUGACUGCGGGAGACAGGAGAGCGCGGGGGACUAGGCAGGCAUGAGCAUGUGUGCGGCGAGCUGGCAAUGAAUAGCAUACUGAUACUGCGUGCGCACAUCGACGGCGCCUUGGUCGGUGUGUGACUGCGGGAAAGAGGAGAGCGCGGGGGACUAGGCAGGCAUGCGCGUGUGUCCGGCGAGGCACAAGCGUGUGUGCGGCGAGCUGGCAAUGAGUGACGAGUGUUGCGGAACUAAAGCGUACGUAGACCAGAGCGGAAGGCGGAGUGGGAUACUGAUACUGCGUGCGCACUUGGACAGCACCUUGAACGGUGUGUGACUGCGGGAGACAGGAGAGUGCGGGGGACUAGGCAGGCAUGAGCGUGUGUGCGGCGAGCUGGCAAUGAAUGGGAUAUAUACUGAUACUGCGUGCGCACUCGGACAGCACCUUGAACGGUGUGUGACUGAGGGAAAGAGGAGAGCGCGGGGGACAUGGCAGGCACAAGCGUGUGUGCGGCGAGCUGGCAAUGAAUGGGAUACUGAUACUGCGUGCGCACUUGGACAGCACCUUGAACGGUGUGUGACUGCGGGAGACAGGAGAGCGCGGGGGACUAGGCAGGCACAAGCGUGUGUGACCUUCCCCGUAUGACAUGGCUGGUCAACUGGCUGGCCCACAGUCAUUCAACCACAGCUGACGGGCUUCAGGCUAGUACGCGGUCGGUACGCUACGUUUCUGGGGUGGGGAAACCCCGCCAGUUAAAUUGCGGGGGCAAGGUAGCUAAGAUCCCA